AUGGACUUCAAUUGGGCGGCGGGGGAGGAGCACGUCUACGUCAUAGGCACCGAGGAGGGCGGCAUCGCCUAUUCGUCAGAGUACCUGGCCACCUACCCCGGCCACACGAUGGCGACGUACGCCGCCCGCUGGAACCGCCUCCACCCCAAGGUCCUGCUCUCCGCCUCGGCCGACUGGACACUCCGCGUGUGGGACGCGCGGCGGCCGGGGCCCGCGGGGCCCGUGCUAAGCUUCGACCUCGGGGAUGCGGUCGGAGACGCCGCAUGGGCGCCCUACUCGAGCACGGUCAUGGCGGCCGUGACGGACGACGGCCGCGCGCACGUGUUCGACCUCGCGGCCAGCCGGCUCGCGCCGCUGUGCAGCCAGAAGGUCACGCGGUCGGGGCGGCCGACCAAGCUGGCGUUCAAUCAAAAGUACCCUGUCGUGCUCGUGGGGGACUCCAAGGGCAACGUCACGUGUCUCAAGCUGUCCCCAAACCUGCGCCGCAGCAGCGCCGCGGCGCCCGUUGCGGGCGCAGGCGGCGGGGCGGUCGCGGGCGCAGGCGUGGGUGCUGCGGCGGCGGGCGCGGGCGCGGCGGCGGCGGCGCGCAGCAAGUUUGAGGCGGCGGAGCAGCAGCGGCUGGACGCGGUGCUGGAGGUCGCCAUGAAGGGGAGGGCCGGGGGCGGCGGCGGCGCGGGGGGCAGCAGGGGCGGGCACGUGGCAUGA